AGCGACGCUUCUCGUGACAGUGGGACAGAUGCUGCCCUCAGUGCAGGAAGUGUCACACAGCAGCGACACACACACACACACACACACGGCGCAUGCUCUCCUACGUCUCUGAGCACAGGAGGAUGAAGUCUCCUCGGCUCUGACACGCUCUGUGCGGAGAGGGUGAUGGCGGGCGCUGAGGUCACCGUGUCUUCAGGGGAGCUCAUGGCGGUGAAGAAGGAAGAAGAGGGCGAGUCCAGUGACAACAGCCACAAAACUCAAGUCAUCCUGCACCUGCAGCCCAUUCUGCAUGGGAUAAAUGAGGACACUGCUGACACUGGCACGACAGUUUUGGCCAUAGAGACACAUCACGAUGACAGUGAAGCAGACGGAGAGAAAAUAGAGUAUGGCUAUCCCAUCACCUGCGGAAACAACAGAGCGGUGCUGCUUUUUAAGAAGUUUGUGUGUCCUGGAAUCAACGUCCGAUGUGUCACAUUCAACGAGCAGCUCAUCAGUCCUAAGCAGUUUGUACACCUGGCAGGAAAAGCCACUCUGAAGGACUGGAAAAGGGCCAUCAGACUGGGAGGGGUUAUGCUUAGGAAAAUGAUGGACUCUGGCCAGAUAGAUUUCUACCAGCAUGACACUGUGUGCAGCAACACCUGCCGCAGCACUAAGUUUGAUGUGCUGAUAAACAGUACAAGGCUUCCUCCAGGGAUCGCAAUGCAGCCGAGCCUGUCAAGCCUGGCUCUUGACCCUCCUGGAAGACAGAUGCCUCUGCUGACAGAGAUUGUGCACGAUGCAGCAGAGGCAGAGGAGUCUCUGGGGGAUAGAGUUGAUCCAACAGCAGAAUGGAGCCCCAUAACAGCCAGUGGACAUGCAGCCAAGAGAAAGAAGGCUGACACACCUGAGGGAAUAUUGAGUCUGUGGAAGGGCGUGGCAGAUUCGGGGCUGAUGAGGGAGGUCCUUUCCAGUCUUCAGACUGAAUUACAAGCCACUCUUAAAGGAGUGGAGGUCCGCAGUGAGAAUGCCAGCCUGCAGGAGACAGAUGCUGUUUUUCUUAAUUCCUUGUGUGAGAUGUUUGGGCUUUUAGACUCCGUGAAGGAGGCUCUGGACCUGAAGCACAGCCGGAGUGAACAGAGCAAAAUCCACGACAGUGUUCAUGAUGACAUUUCGGAGGAACGGAGGAAGCUUGGUCGUGAUAAAAGCUCAUACAACGGCACAUCCUCAAAACACCUUCGCCCUCAGAAGCACAGCCAAACACAGAAUGUCCUGUCUCCCGUGAAAGAAAGCCCAGUGAUCCAUGCUUUCUCCUUUGCUGGUUUAUCAGCUGCAGCUUAUGCUCAACUCUCCAUCAACCCUCAGCUCUUCACCCAUUUCUCUGCCUCCUCUGGGAAACACCACCAAACCAGAGAGGACAGGAGGGGCAGACACAGGAAACAUGAGCUCAGUGAGAUGGAGAGCCAGGAGAAGUUAGACCAGUGGGGACAGGAGCGGGUGGAGAAACAGGAAACCUCAGGGAUCUACAAGGAGCCUGGACAAAGAACUGGUAAACCUUGUGAAAACCUUCAUCUUACAAUUCAAGAGGAAGAGGAGAAAGAGGGUUUGCAUGACUUUGAAAAGGUGAUGAUUGGAAGAAAGUCAUCUAAGAAGAAUAAAAGUAAGUGAGAGAGUGAAAGACGAGAGGACGAUGAAGGACAAGGUGAGAGAAUGUGGUGGAAACUUGAAGACGUAAACGAUUAAAGAUUCAAAAACGAUUAACAUUUCUGUGUAAAACAGCUUUUGUCUUCAUAUUAACACUGUAGUUACUUUAGCUUGUUGUUACUUUGAGAGUUAGUUUGUAAAUGGAACAUUUAAAGGGAUCAUUUGGUGCUUUUGUAGCAUUUUAACAAAUCUGUAAAGGUGAAAUGAUUUAAUUUUCAAUAGGGAUAAGUUAAUCACUAUUGGUUUAUAAUUUAAAUCAUUGUCUACAUUCAAAAAUCCCGUAAAUUGCCAGCAGUGUAUGUUGUACAAACAAUAUGUUACGUCCCAAAUUUGACUAAAUCAUUUUUAGACCAAAGGCCAUAAAUGAAUUUUGGAGAAAGUCACCUGUGGUUUCAUUUAUUAUGAAAAAGUAUUAUUUGUUCUCAGUAAUCUUAUGGAUUUAUAGAAUAUGCUCAAAAUCUAUCUCUAUAUUUCAUUUUAAUGACAAAUAUACAUCUGUAAAUAUAGUAUUUGAUUGUAUUUUAUGGUUUUUGUGAUAAAAGUCUCCCUUAUCUAAAAUGUGUGGGUAUUUUUUUUUCCAGGUAUUUCAGACAGAUUCUUUCAGUAUAUCAACUUCUAGUAACUUCUGUAAACCAACAUACAGUAGUACUACUCAAUUUCACGAUAUAACACUUCAGUUUUUAAUUGUUUUUAUGACCUGAAGAAAACAUUAUUCAUAUUUUAUCUUUUCUUACCUUAAAGUAACAGAGUAAAAAUGGUGUUGAUGGCUCAUUGACUAAGACAGAGUGGCGCCUCUGUUAUUCCCACUCUGCACCAUUAAGCUCUGUCCUUGAACUAUGUUAUUUUGGUGAGUGGGUGUGGACACGACCAGCAUCAGGCCCAGCAAAUUGAAGAAUAAUGCUGACCUACUUUCAUUGCAACAUGGUUUGCUGCUGUGACAACAUGUUACACAAAAGCUACAUCGUGUUGCCUUAAGAGAGUGGAAAUAUGCUGUAUUUACAUAAGAUACGUUUUCAGACUGUUGGCAUGUGAUGCUGCUUUAUCAUGAUACUAGGAAGCAGAAUUAUGUUCAAUAACCUCUUCAUAUACAGAAAGGAUGUCAUUCUUCUUUAUUUGUGUACUUCGCUUCUGCCUCAGAAUGUUGUACAUUUGGGCUGCUGUGAAAACAUGGCAGCAUAAGAUGGCUGCAAGGCCCUUGUACAUGUACCCAAAGUACAUAUAAAGGCAUUCUGAGAUGACAAAAACCAAAUAAUGUUUUAUAUUAAAGUGUUAAAGUGUACUAUAUUUAUAUUCCUACAUGUAAACCCUCCUAAAUGUGACCACUGAACCUUUAACAAUGGAAAAAUAAUA